AUGGAGGGAGGGGAACUGGAUUUCGUGUCGCAGCUUCUGCGAGACCUGAGGGUGGACAGACCCUGGGUGCCUCCGAAGACGUGGGAGUCCAUACCUUCAGAGAGCGGAAGGGCGGCGGACGCCAGCCCUGCUUACCCUCCGGCUUCUGCCGGUCCGGAAUUCAUGAAACCGAGCUGUGAUCCCUUUGUUGUGUCGGUCAGUGUUUUUGCCUUGGCAUUUCCUUCUCAAAGUAGCUUUACGUCUUCGUGUUCCUCUCGACACACCGAUUUCUGGUGCAUUUUGGGGAAGAGUAGUCGACGUGCUUGAAACUUCCGUUGCGGUAGAAAUUGUCAACACUUCUCCAUCCUAAGCACUUAUUCUUCCCCAUAUAUGUUCUGUUAACGUAUUGUGUCAGGUUACCAUAUGACAGCCAAAUUUAGUUACCUUCUUGGGCUCCUGGACCUAUAAUUAUGCUUACCCGAACUAAAUAUGGUAAGGAUGAAACUCCAAACUACAGAGCAUGGUUAAUAUCUUUGGGAAAGAGCUUACAUUUUUUUUUCAGAUGAUCGGAUUGCCGAAGUUUUGCUCUUCAGAAUGCAUGGAUUUCUCUGGAUCCGUUUUUGGUGAUCAUUUGAGAGCAUGGAUGAACAGAUUUCGUGGAAUUAUUUAAGGAGAGUAUACGGUACCUUAUCCUCUACUCAGGACGUAAGAUGUCACAUUUUUUCGAAAAAAAUGAGCUUGAAAUUUCCCUUUUAAAUUGAAGCAGGCAUAGCCAUCAUCUUAGUAUAUAAUUUUUUUAUUUUGAAUUAUGGAGGAUAAAAACUCACGCCUUCAUACUUUUUUCUUUGGUGUUGGAUCGAAGUUUUUGAAGACGCGUUUUAGAUGUGUAAUUUAUUUUCCUUAAUUUUAUAAUUAUGAUUUUUCAUAUAAUUUCAUUUUAUCCGUUUUAUUUCCCAGGAGACAGUGCUUGUGAGGCUAGUUUUAAAUGCACUGCAAGGAGUAAAGUCAGCUCUUGUUGACAUAGAUAAAGCUUCAUCAGUAUUUGCUUCGAGUCCAGCCGACAGGACUUUUCAUCAGAUCCCCAACCUGUGGCAUCGGUCAUCAAGCAUGCUUAGCCUGGGAAGACUACUGAAAUCCAUUGGUUAUUCAGGUCUUGUCUUCUUUCUCCUCCGUAAGUUUGUGAAUCAUUUUCUUGGUACGGAACAGAGUCUAAAUAUACCACAUCAGGAUAAGAAUAUUGCAAAUAGGAAUCAAUAUGGCAAUGGAUCCGAAGAAAAUUAUUUGAAAUCACAUAUCCAGGAUAUUUCAAAAGAAGAAUUUGCUGGAAAACCUCCUUAUACUAUUGUUAACCAGGCAUUUGCUGUUGCUGUGAGGAAAAUUUUGGAGGGAUACCUUUGUGCAUUGAACACCAUAUUUGCCUCUGUGAAGUUUCGUCGUUCUUUAAAGGGUGUUGACGAGUCCGAGCUCGUUUCCCACAAAGUAGGAAGUUUCCCAAGUGCUCUUUCAGAAAUCACUCUCUUGGAAGUUUAUCUACAUACCAGAGAAUUGAGAACACGUAUAGAAACGCUGGGACACAUAUGUGGUAUAAGGAUUAAUGAUCUUGGAUUUGCUGAGUUUUCUACAGCGGAUUUUUCUUCUAGGAUGGACUUGGAAUAUAAUUCCUUCCCAAGAGGAGCAGAUCUAUUGACAUAUUUGUAUGUUCAACUCCGAGUAAGCCUGAUCCAACUGUUUCCUAAUUAUCUUUUCUUCAAAAACUCUUUCAGCGUAUCUUGCGUACUGUUCAGGUGACACAUACAGAAAGCCUUGAUUCAUGUUCGUUUGCUGUUGACCUGUGUAAGGGAUUUCGUCCUUUUAUUUUAGUACGUGAAUGAUUCCUUAACAGAAAGCAGCAACAAUCAUUCUGCACAAUGCUAUGGAAGUAUAAUAACAUUUUAGGCUUAUUACUAUUACUUUAUACUUUAAUAUUUUUUUCAUUAACGUAUCUUGUUUAUUGUCCAUUUUGGGAGGUUCAAUAGUGCAGAACCUGGUCACAAUUGUACAUCCUUUCAAAUAUUUUUUGCAUUUUAACGUAAUAAAAUUCACACAUUGGAUGUUUGGGGGAAAGCUGUAUGGACGGGGUAAAGUCCAUAAUACCAUUUUUUGAUGAAAUUAAAAGGAUGCCCUGACUUGAGCCAUACAGAGCUGAUGCAACCUUUUGAAAGUCGGGUGUAAUGACCAAGCUACCUCAGAAUGCUAUCGUUACCAAGGGUAAUUGCAUCCCAUAAGACUCUUGUUCUGUGCGGUGUUCAGUCAGGGUAGUCCUUUAUUUAGUUUCCUCACAAUUGGUCAAUCUUGAACCAGAUUGGAGGAUUUGAGUUGAAAUCAGGAUUGACUGGCUCAAUUUAGAGGGAGAAAUCUGAUCUACCUUGAAUAUCAGGAAAAAAAUAAAAUAAAAUCAGAACAAAUCAACCAAUUGUGGGCCAAAUUGACCUGACAUUGUUUGAUUGAAUAGAGGUCAACGGAUUUUCUAGCUGAUCUGAUUCGAUGCCAUUGGUUUCUGAUACCAGAACUUAAUUUGGUUUUGUUUCUCAUAUAUCCAAUUUAGUAGACUUGGCCUCCUCUCUCAGACUAGACAAUCUUGUUGGUCCGCCCUACCCAAAUCCAAAUAUGAUCUGAUUGGCUGCAGCCUUCUUUGGAAAGUUUACAGGUGAUAACUCGACUAUCAUGUGGUUAGUCUUAUUCAACUUAUUUUUAUGGUAGGAUUGCAUGCGUCCUAUCAUUCUGAAUGAGUGAUAUCAGUUUAAGUUUGUAGAAUUCCCUCCAUGAACCACAUGAGAUAGUGUUUCUGCAAGUUUUUUGUGCCCAAACAUUACUCUGUGGCUGUGUCUCUCCAUUUUAUCAUUAUCUCCAAAAUUCAUUAAAGACUGCGAACUGUAUAAUAUCAGAUUGGUUGUUUCAUAACUUAUCCAGGUAACCUUGCUGAUAAACUCAUAUCAAAGAAUUAUUUCCGGACAAAUGGAUCAGGGUGGCUUUAUGCAAAGCCCAAUAUGAUGGAUCUGUUUCUCUAUUCAUUAGAGCACUGAUCCAAUGCACGCUCUAGUUCUUUUGUUCCUGUUUUCCCAACUGCAUGAUUUCGUUUGUAUAUUUUAAUUGUUCCUGCCAAUAUGAUUGAUCCAUUUGUCUAUUUCUUCAGGAUGCUGACCCGAUACAUCGUCCUCUUCUUAACUUCUUAUUUGUUCGCUCAUACGAACCCUAUUCCUUAUUCAUUCGGUCAUGGAUUUUCAAGGGAAGAAUUAAUGAUCCUUAUGAGGAAUUUGUUGUAGAAUAUUCUGAAAACUCAUCAUUCCUAUCUGGUACACCCAGCCAUUGUAUUAAGGUAUUAUCAGCUCUCUUUUGAAUUUUUUCAAUUUUUAUUGUCGUGGACUUCUAGCUGUUAAAUUCGCCAGCAUUCUUGACGAUGACAGGACAUCAGCAUGAAUAUUUAAACUUCAUUUUUUACUCGUGCUGUAAGUAGGCUCUUAAUUUGUUUGUUGAUGUAUGCUUGCUUACUGCAGAAAACCUGUAGGUUUAAUCCCGGAUGGUACAUGUGGUUGCUUUCCUCUUAUUGUGGAAGCAUUUAUAAUUCUGCUAUUAGCAUGGAAAGUGAAAUUUCUAUUAAAUUAAAUGUUAGAUUUAAAUGCUAUUGAAUUGCCAACUUUAAGUUUCUUCUAAAGAUUAGCAAUUCAGUCAUCCAGAAAAAAAAAAUGUUGUUGAAUGGCCAAAAAAAGUGCUCAGUUGCUAAAGUGAGCAUGUUUGAAGGACCCUUGCUGAAAAACCGGUCACGCCUACUGUCUAAAGACUGUCUCCACUAGUCAGAAUGAUUUUUGGAUUACCUUUACAAUAUAGAGUUGAGUAUAGCCUACUGGCUGGACAUGAGUUUAAGCGAGACCAAAAUCAGAUUAUGUCCCAGUGCUUUGAUGGAGACUAUUUCCAGCCAUUGCAUUGUCACAAUAUGUAAUAUGGUACUUACAAGAAUAAUUUAUUUUUCAGGAGCGAGAUCUUGCAUCAGUUCCUUGCUUUCUCAAGCAUGUUUGUACCCCCCUUCUUCGAGCUGGUCAGCAGCUCCUUGUUCUCAUGAAACUCCAGGACUUAUGCAAUCCUUUUGCUAUCAGGGAGAACAACUUUGGUCACAUGAAUCUCUGUUGUGAUUUGACAAGUUUGGAAGAUGUUCUUCCCCAUUGGAGGGGUUCUUUUAGUGAUUCAGUUCCCUGCUUUUCUCUAUUAACUUUCAGCAACAAAGAUGCAGAAGCUAUGUUGCAGAAGAGGGAAAUUAUGUACAGUCUGUUGUAUGAGAAACUUCAGAGUUACUUCGAGAAAUUGGAUGUCAGAUUUCAACCGAUUAAAAAGACGGUAAACUUAUCUUUUCUGUCUUUUAUACUGUUCAAUAAUUGAUCCUCUUAGGAAAGAAACAACUAUCGCCCAAUACUUUUCAAGAUGUCAAGAAAAAAAAAAUCGUCUAUUUUUUCAUUGAGUAAUGUUGCAAGACCUACCCAAGACCCUUGCUUGACUGGAAUGACGAGUGAUGAUGUUUUACCCUCAUUUUUUGGCCACGUGAUGCGCAUUGCAUGUCUUUUGUGUCAUACCUUAAAUCCACACAUUGCAUGCCUCCAUUUCAUGUCUUGAGCAGAUCUAGUUAUUUAAAUGUUCUACUUGAUAUUCCAGUGAUGGAGACCAAAAGGUGGCAUAAUUUAAUACGAUAAUGUUUUUAUUGAGAGGGCAGUUGUAAUUGAUAAUUAUGAAUCAUCCUACUCUUCAAUCUUGUUUUUAACAUGGUUGAUGAAGCAGGGUCUGUCCAACGACCUUCUUUUCUUCGAUUGGGUCAUAAAAAAACAAUAUUCCGAUAAUGAAAAGGGCAUUUGAAGGGGUCUGGGGAGGAAGCUUGGUCAUGAUUGAGAAAGCUUUCAUACCUAUUAAAAAUGGGAUCCAGAAACAAGUGGACGGACGUGUUGAGUAAUGAUAAUUGCAGAAACAAGCUUGGUCUGGGGAGUUGUUUUAUGGAGGUUCUACUAUUAUGGGCAGACCGUGGGCUUCUUAGUACGAUUGGUUAGGCAUGAUAAUCGAUUUCUUGAUUAGUCAGUCAUGUUCAUGUUUUUGUUGUUCUGGAAUGUGUAGCCCUUGUUGGAAGGCCGUUCUUUGGACGUAUUCUGAAAAAGUUGGAAUUUGUUGUUAAAUUUUGAAGGUGCUUUUUUAGUAACCUCCAUCAGAAUGAAACUACAGUUGUGAAUAUGUUGAAGUAGCAGAUCCCAAUCUUCUUGUAUCAUGUUACCGCUCAGAAGAAGAAAUGGAGGGAUAAGUUUUAUGCCAACUCAAAAGCUUUACAGAGGAAUAGAUCAAGGGAAUAGUCGGAGGAGCCAGAGUUCUGUCAGAUGCCAUUGAUUGGGAAAUAGGCCAGAGUACUCUUACUGCAAGACACAGUUGAUCCCGCUUGUAUUGUUGGGAAGUUUAUCGUAAUGGAUGAUUAUGUCAAAGGUUUGUGAUGGGGACAAGCUUCAGAAGUAUGGUAAUGAUAAAGCUAGUAUAGGCUGUCAAGUUGGCCUAAGACUUGGAUAAACAAUACGAGGAUUUGUCUUUGAUCGGUCAUCUGUAGUGUAGGUGCUCAUUGUCUAAGCAUGGCCAUCGGAUGGGAUCCUGGAAGCAGGGAAGUAAUGGUUUCUGUGUGGAACGGGAAAAUUUGUAAUUGACAGAAGAUACAUGUGAUAAUAUUCAUGAUAAUGAGUGAUAUUUGAUGGUACUUUUGAGGAAGAUUACUGGGAAUCCUUAUAUACAGGUCUGAUAAUGAAAUAUUUUGAGUUGGAAAAGGUUUCUGAGCUUCAGAGAUUUUGUUAUGAUCUCUUUGUUUCUUUGCUGUUUUCUUAAUUUAUCUCUCAACUAUAUUGUCGCCAUUCUUCUAGAGAACCAAAAAAGUGUUGCACAGACCCUUUCUCUUUAGUUAAACUUUUCUUUGAGGAGAUCAGCACUUCGUUACACAAAUUUUUUCUUGUUCAUUGCUAGCUGGAACUUAUCUAUCUGAUGUCAUUUUCUAGAAAGCUAUUGUCUUGAUUUUUGGAUUUACAUUGCAGAAACUGUUUUUCAGGUAAUUCCCUAUGAAGAUAUUAUUUUUUAUUCUGAUGAAAGAGAGCAUGAGGAUAAUCAAGUUCCAUCAGUUCUUGUUGAGAAUUUAGCCUCUUCCCCAUCAUCCAUUGAUGGCGUCGCUUCUGGGUAGGUUUUAUUCUACCUCUUUCAGUGGGCUGCCUAAUGCAUUCUCAGUAGCUAUCAUACUUUCUUUUUUCGUUUGCUCCCGUUUUCUAGUACUGAGGAUAGUAUUCCUCUAAAUCCUGCAUGUUGGUCGGAUAUUUAAUCAUAUGGCCAUACUCUAUUGAACAUUGUAGAUUGCAGCCUAUUUUCUGUUACUUACAUUUUUUUUCUCGCUUAUAAAAUUUGUUGCUGCACCUCGUACUCUCAGUCUUCAUGUAAACUUUCAGGGAUAUGGGCUUCAUGGACACAGAUUCCUCCAGUACAUCAGAUGGUUCUCUGAAUGAGAUGAGUCUUGAGAAAACUUCAGAAGAUUCCUUUUUCACCAGAUCUGAAGCAAAUAGAGAAUUUGAUUAUAAUUUUCUUCAUGAUAUUCCUGUUGAAUCAACGAAGUUUCCGGCUUUAGUUUUACAGUCAUGUUAUGGUACUGAACGGAUAUACCAAGCUGCAAGCACGUCUGAAAAACUGAAGGCUUCAGUAUUUUCUUCUCCAAGAAAGUCCGACAUCUCUGUUGAGAAGCGUAUUACAUCAGAUGAAAAUGACACUGCUAAUUCAUUGAGGGAUGUGAAGCUGAAUAUGUCUCGUUUCCCGCUAAAUACUGAUACACCAAAAUGUGUUAAAAGUGAAAUAGUGAGACCCUUCAAUGAAGAUUCACUGUUCAGGAGGCCAUGGUUACUUCAAAGGCUACCAUUGAAUCACAGUUCUGCCAGUCAGGAAUAUGAAAGUAAAAGUCCGUUUCCAUCCACUGAGACUGAUGAAAGUGUGGAAUCACACCAGACCGAAAACUUCACAGCAGGUAAAAUGUAUACAUUGGAUAAUCUCAAAUUAGAUCAAGCUGCAAGAACAAAUACUUUCUAUGAUGUCCAUGUAACUUCAGCCAAAGACUUUGUCAUUGAAUCAUGGACCGUGGUAGGCAACUAUGACCUAAGUAGAAAUCCUGUUAUAGCAAAAGCUCCUUGGCUUCAUAGCUUGACGGUUAGUCAAAGGUCUUUGCUACCAUACUUUGAUUUCUCAUCCGCGGAAGACCCUGUUCAGGCUUUUUCAAAAAGGCUGGUCUCUCAACCUGGGGGUGUAUUGCAAGAUCAUCAUCAUGUGCCCAUGAAUCCUUCUUUUGGUAAUGUUCGUCGACAUAUUAGUGACUGUAUCUCAGUACCCCAAGCAAAUGAAUCUGGUUUUGAUUCUUCUGAUCCGUUUGAUGGACAAUCUUACACAAGCCAUUUUCUGGGUGAUCUUUCAAAGCAUGUUUCUGGCGGAGCUAGCUGGGAUGGGUUUAUGAUGCGUUCUUGUCUUCAUGUCCGAUCUAACUCUGGAGGCCGUAGCUGUGGUGCAGCGGGUACCUCUGAUUUGCCACUUGAUGUUGUGAUUGACAAAUGCAUUUUGCAGGAAAUUCUGCAUCAGUAUCCUCGUCGAAUGUUUUGUUUGAAAGGAAAAUCGUUUUUAGUUUUCUUGUCAUUGGUUUGCUGACAUUUGAUACAUAUCCGUGGAAUAUGCUGUUGUUAUUUUAUUUCACUUUUUUAAUUAUAUUGCUGUUAUAGCAAUCAAAGAGAACUAGGUAUUUGAUAAAACUAUGAGUUUCAGGGCAAUGACUCACUGCCUAAGUAUUUAUACAACCAGGCGUGAUGUCCCAGAUGAGUAUAGUUUACUUUAGGUUCUAAUAAAAAUCCCCAGAACAUACAUCAUUUACGUUAUGGAGCAUUUCAGUUUUAUUUUAAGUUACUCAGAUUCUGAGGCAUUUACAAACUAUUUUUUUCGGAUGACAAUCAAAUAGUUCAUCGAGAUCUUAUCAUUACUUGCCGGAGAACAUAUUUUCAAUGUUUAGUCAUGAGUUUCUCCGGUUAAUUCGCUGGUAUAAUCCUUUGUUUAUGAGUUAUUAUUCAUUGUGCUUUGUGUUCAUCUUUUGAACAUCUUUUGAAUAAUAAAAUGUAAAACAUCUGACGGUUUGCAUUUCUUUCUCUUCUAUUCGAGUUACAUAUCUAGGUUCAUUUGUUGUUUGGUUGAUAAUAUUAUAGCAAUGUGUUGUGUGGAAAAUGCUUUUUGUAAGAAAAUCGUUUUUGACGUUCUAUUUCCUAAUUCUAUAUCCGUUAUUCUUUUUAUUUUCAGAGCCUGCUGGAAAGGAUAUUGUUUCUCUGUAGAGUGCUGUUUUCUAUUUAAUUUAUUCAUUAUACUCUAUUUCUGACCACUAAUGUAGCAUUUUAUAUAAACAGUCAAAUUGGUAGCCACUUUGCAAUAUUCAAUACUUCGAUCCCUUUCUGAUCCGCAAUGCCAACCUCAGAAUGUUGGCAUGUCUUCCACUACUGUGGUUAUGAUCAUGGUUAUGUGUUUGCUCUUUCCAUAACAAUGUCAGAUAUGCCUAUAUUAGUAACUUUACUAUUAAGUUGCUUGAGGAAGGAUUUAAUCUACAUGAACACUUGUCGGCACUCCGGCGUUACUAUUUUAUGGAGCUCGCUGAUUGGGCAGACUCUUUUGUUGUUUCUCUUUGGAAUCAUGUAUGGCAAAAAAAUUCUUUGUACACGUAGUUUAUUGCCAGUUAGCAAUUGCCGGCCACGCCUAAUAUGUCUCUUAUAUUUUAUUUCCUUCUUGUACCAGAAGUGGUCUGGCUCUGAACCUGGCAACAUGUCAGCAGAAAUUCAGAGAUUUCUUCUUGUGGCUUUACAGAGAUCGUCGUGUGAAAGUGAUCCUUACCAUGAAAGAUUGUAUAUAUACGAAAAAGGCCAAAGCGUGAUGCCCUUGUCUUUUUCUGCUAUUGGUACUUUUUUUUGGGCGCAAGGACACUAGAAGUUGCACCACUGCUAUGUUUCAGUUGAAUACUUAUCACUGUAUUAAAGUAAUCCUGUCCUGUUACAAAUUGCAGGUGCAUUUGAUCUUAUUGGUCUGGGCUAUAAGGUAGACUGGCCUAUCAGUAUCAUCGUGACUCAGGAUGGAUUAAAGGUCUACUCUGAGAUCUUCAGUUUCUUGUUGGAUGUCAGACUUGCUGUUUUCUCAUUGUCCAGUAUGUGGCGUUCAUUAAAGGUAGAAAUUUAUUUUUCUGACAUCUCCCUUGUUAAGCUUUUGUGCUAUAUUGUAAGAAACUAUUAUUGACUGAUAAUCACUAAAAUGUAGGUUAACCUUAUCAAGUUGCUCAGUUUGUUUUCACUGAAACUGUCCCUGAUGGCUCCUUGUUCAAACUGGAAUUUUCUUCUCGUCAAAUUCUAUUUCUUGUGUUCACGUGUCAGAUUAUCUGCUGACCUGCAAGCAUGAAUUCAUGAGCCAUAAGUUGAUCGUUCCGGUGCAUAGAAGUUGUGUUUUUCAUUUUUCUCUUAUAUCCUAGUCAUCACUAUUAUCAGGAGAUUAGACCCAUAAUAAAUUAUGUCUACGUACUCAUUAUUUCUGCUGGUUGUUAAAUAAUUAAAUGAAUUCUGAUGAUCAAGUUGCUAAUAUCUUCUUGUGUCUGUGUGAACGUAGAGAGUGUCAAGGGGAGGAAGUUUCUGAAACUGAGACCUGAAAAUUGGUAUGCUUGGACAAUUUCUACGCGGAGAAAGUCCAGCGUGCAAUCUCUAGCAAAAAGCUGCGUCAGAUAUUUUUCUUUAAUAUCUCUUUCUAAAACUUGAAGUUGAAGCCACUCUGUGUGACAUUUUAGCCAACCCCCCCCCCCCCCUCCAUUAAAAAAAAAGAAAGCUCCAAAGAGACGAAUUUCCUUCAUCAUACUAAAUAAGUAAAUAAAAAUUCUUUUGACAUAAGUCAGAUGCCUCUGCAUUCUAGAGAAAAUGAUCCAUGUUACUUCCAAGAAGGAGAGAAAAAUGCCGCCUACAAAAAGUUUUCCUCUUAGUUUAGUUACUAUAUGUUACCUCUCGCUUUUCCAAUUUGAGCACUUUUAUCCUCUUAGAAACAUUAUUCCAAGGGCAAUGACAUGUGUUAGUUUGAGGAUAUCUCUUCUGGUUGGAGUGGUAUACCUACUCCAUAAUUGGAAUUUCAUUAAACGUAAUCAUUAAACAUAAAUGGUAUACUGGUUGGAGUGUGUAUUUAACUUCAUUUAUCAAUCUAAUUCGUCCUUUGAUAUUUGGAACAAGUUAUUUUAUUUUCAAUUUUUUUACCAUAUUUUAAGUUAGCUGUUUAUAUUUAACCUCAACUGAUGAAUAUGGGCUCACAUGAUACAUGUGCUACAUACAUGUUCAGGCUCUAGGUCAUUCUAAUGCUUCUGGAAGGUAUCUUGGUGGCCAGGAAGCAGAGAACUUUAAUACCAUUCUCGGGAUCCGGUAAUUUAAGUUUUUUUUCUUCAGAAAACUUAGCUAAUGGGCUUCAACUAUAAUGGCAAUGCUUGUUUGGAUCCGCUGUGAUGUAAGACCUAUUGCUUGUUUGAAUCAGUAAGUUAAAUCAGAAAUCCGUCAAGAGGUAACAAUGCUAACCGAAGUGAACGAGUAUUUCGGAUAUACAUUGCGGCAGAUCUUUGGGCUUUAUACAUGCCAAUCAGGGUUAAAGAAAUUACGACUAGGAUGGUUAGUGAUUAAUCCAUGCCUUGGGUCCACAAGAUAUUGGAAAAGGAACCACUGCAUUUGCUUAUUCCAUGUAGUAAUUUUCUUCAACGACCUUUGACAUUUGGGCGAUAAUGUGAUAGAACUCUCCAGAUUGUUCUGAGCAUGCUUUACCUUAUCCGUGAUCUGAAAAUAUGCUAUUGGAGUGUAGUUUUUAACUAGUAUAUAUUCCACGAAUCAGGGUAUCUUAAAUCUAACUGUCUAUUUAGAGGUUUAGUUUGUCAGCUUCAAUAUCUAACAUGAAGUACAAAAUGUUUGAUGAAACUUAUGGAUAUAGAAUCAUCUAGACAACUAAAAUGCAGUGAAAAAUAUAAGAAUUGAAUAAAGAAAAAGCAGCAUGACCCUCAUCACUCUUCCCGUCACCUAUGAGGUACGAAUACUAUUGAAUACAGAAGCAUGGUUUCUCACCAGUCAGUAUAGUCGAAGCUGACUAUAUUCUCAAUGGUUUUACUUAUCUUCAUUUUUCUUCCACGUAGAAAGAAUAUAUGAAAAUUUAUAUAAAUCGAAGUAGAGGGUGGCAUUAAUCCUACAUUACGGUUCAUACACUCAAAAGAAAAUCUUCAAUACCUUUGGAUUCCCUGUUAAUGAGGUAUUCACGGUUGAAGAUGAUGCCUCUGAUAAUGAAUAAUUAUAAGAUUCCCUUUCUCUAAGGUGUGUUUGUUGAACAAUGUCACGCCUAGUUAUUGUCUUGGCGCAUAGUAAAAUCCUUCAAUAACCAGUACAUAUGGCUUUCUCAUUUUACAAUGAAUCACUAGAAAUUUUGUGUAUUUUAUUCUCUCUUGUAAGUCCAUAUUGCUCUUGAACCUUAGAGCUUAGGAUUUCUUAGUUCUCAACAGUUUUUCUUAACUCUCAGCAUGUGGAGGAAGGGGUCAGGUUUUCCACCUAAAGUAGAUAGUUAAAGAUCCAAUAUGACACUUUAUGAGAAGAUAUCUCAAGAAAUGUGUUGAUUUCCAUUCAUUCUGAUAACCUCUUGUGCAGAAAUAGCAACAGACGUCUCUGAUUUGGUUGGACAUCGAUUGCUAUGUCCAUAUGCUUGUAAAUACUGUAUUACCAUCAUUUUUAUAUCAUAACUGUUGGAAUCAAAUUUCGCAUAUUUAGAGUUCACGCUGAAACAUUAACUUUUAAACGUCUUUGAAAUUGGAUAAGAAAAAGACUGGUGGUGCCCCAUUAUAUUCCCCGGAAAAGCUUUUUCUUCGGGCCGUUUUUCCUUCAAACAAUAAAAUAGCUUACAGUUCGCAUAGGUGGCAUAGACGGGUUGGGCAUUACGGUUGGGCGUGCAGUUUCUGCUGACAUUGGUUGACAAGCAAUUAAAAAAAAUACAAGUGGGAGAUUUAUCUCCAAUAAUUAUGCAGCUCAUCACUAUCCACUGGUAUUCAAUUUAACAUUUUAAAAUGCAGACGUUUCUGGUUGUCCUUUGACGAUAGUUUAUUUCUUGACUCGUAUUCUGUGCUGUUUUAUUGAAUUUCAGGCAACAGGUCAACCAUUUUGUGUCUUCUCUUCAACAGUAUCUGCAAUCCCAGUUGUCAGAUGUCUCGUGGUGUAGAUUUUUGCUCUCCCUCAAGCAACAGGUUGAAACUAUUCUAUAAUGUGUUGAAUGAUUAGUUCCUUAAAAUCUGAUGAUAUAGAAUCGUGGGGGCUUAAUCUAAGUUAUCUCUCAAGUGUUGAAAGAAAUAUGGUUCUUGCUGUUUGAUUAAUCUUAAGCUUGUAAAGCUGGAAAAGUUGGGGGUUAUAUAUCUGAGCUCUGCUAGAAUCCUGAAUAUGUCCACCUGAUUCUCAAGAACCAGCAUUGUUGCCACUGCCAUGGAAAAACAUUUCUAGAAUAUCGUUUGUUCCAAGGUUCUUGGCUGGAGUUCUCUGUGGUCUCCCCUCUUGGAGCAAAACCCUAUUGUAACCUGCACUAAUCAUCUUGAAAUGAUGAUAUUCCUUGUUUGAGGGAGAGCAAAAACAUUUCUAUUCACUUUCCGGUCCAUCUGAUAAAAAAGCAGUGAGAGUAAAAUCUCUCACUCAGUGAUCUCUAGAACUGUAUGAUUAACUGGCUGACGAUCACCACCACCACCAGCCUGUUCUUGUGAGACCAUACUGAUCUUGGAUGAAAUCUCAUCAAUCUGCUUGUCUAUUGAAGUGCACACUUCUGUCACCCAUCGAUUCAAACAGUAGACGGAUGGAUAUCCCAUACAAUAUUCGACGGAAUGCCUGACCCCUUGGACCGCUAUCCUACUAGUUCGCCUCUCAGGUCACCCACUGGCAGAUGGUCCAGCAAAUUCAAUGCUUCUCUGCUCGUCCCCGACAUUUCACUAUGUUAAAAUAUCUGAUCAGCUCGUUUGACCGGAACUCUUCCACUCUCACUUGGUUCUCAAUCAUUUCUUGACUUCACAUGAUUUCCAAUGUCACAUAUAGUGGCCAAACCCUCUAAUUCCCCCCACCAGGUUCCAUCGGCUCAGUUCGCAACCAUGCAGUGGUUAUUAGACUGAAAAAAGAAAAGUCUUGGACGAUGAGGGAAGGUGCCGAGAGUUGCUCCAGUGCCUUGGAGGGUGCUCUUUUCUUUAAAAGGGCUAGUCUGCUUCUGGGGGAUUAUAUGAUAAUUUCAAAAUGGGUGAGUUACAAGGGAGUAAUAACACAAUGAACUAUUCAAAAAAAAUGUGCAAGAAAUGUAUGCUCAAGAAAUGAUGCAACUUUUUUAUGGCAUGUAUCUCCUUUUUCUUAUCGUAGUUUGUAAUUCCCACCUGGAUGGCUCUUCUGUGUUCGCACAGGUCAACGACAUGCUGGACCUGGAGUCAGUGCACAUGUCGUAUCUAGCUGAUGCACAGAAUACGUGAGUCAAAAAUUCCUUGUAGAAGUUUUUCAUCUUCCAAUCCGUCUUCAAUCCCACCUUUUCGUCUAUUGAUUAUUUAUAAUAUAAAUGCAUAUAUAUAUAUAUAUAUAUAUAUAUAUAUAUCGGAGCAACAUCAAUUUCUAUGCUCCCACUUUUUUCUGAUUACUUCAUUGGGCUCCAAUCCAACUCAUCUGUUCCUUUUUAUUAUUAUUAUUUUUUUGUUUUUAAACAGAUGUUUCUUGUCUGCCGGUACUGGAGAGAUUGCUAAGAUCAUCAGGAACAUCCUGCAGUGCGCCGUGGAUCUCAGGGCAUGCCUCAAAGCCAGCCCUACAGAGGCGGGUUUGGAUGGACCAGAUUCGUCGACUGUGGUUGAUCGAGUCAACUUCCCCAAGGUUAUCCUUCCCCACCAACCUCCCUCACACUACUCAAGACUCUUCCUUCUGGUCCAGUCAAACCUUUUGAUCAACUUAAAUACCCUAAACCCACAGGCCCUGGCCGUGCAGUCGGCCUUCAAAAAGAACCUGAGGGAGCUCUACCUACACUAUCUGAGGUCUCCGAAGCACAGUGAGUUCAGCCUUUGCCGUUUCUGGUGUUGCCUGGACUACAAUCGCUACUACUCCAAUGAAAUCUCCCGGGGGACGGGUGGCUGA